UAGCACGACAGACCUGAUAGGAAGUAGGAAAGAAGGAGGUAGAGGGCCUUGAUUGUCAAGAAAAGAAAAACUCCAACAAGCCCGUACUAAAAAUAAACUUUGAGCAAAACCUAAUUUUGUGGAAGAUAAUUCGUGAAUACAAUCAUUUUGUGGGAACUAAUCGUCAAACCACUAUCAUUCCUUCGUCAACAUCUAUCGUCACAGCUGAUUUUGACACACUACACUUCGAACAACCAUCGGAAAACGGCGAACGGUUUUGACAUCCGACCAACAGUGCUAGUAGAACUUGCUCAACUUGCGUCGAACAAACACACCGGAAAACAAGAAGAAGGCAGCACAUUUUUCGACGGGUUCGAAGAAGAGGCGGUUUAGCAGUUUGUGAGGCUUCGUUUUCUAUCUUCAUCCGAAUCGGGGGCGAAGAAGAUGUUCAAUCCCUUGUGGUCGAUGCAUCAGCAAGCGGCCGCCGCUGCGGCCUACAGUGUGGAUGACCCGGGGCUCUCCGUGGAUCCGAACUUUACCACGGUUAUGUUGCGGUAUCUAUUGGCUGGUUAUGGUCCUCCUGUAACGUGGUGAAAUUAGAUCAAGCGGCGCAACUAGCCUUUUUUGCAACACAAUGCGUAACUUUCAUGCGUGAAUGUGCAUCACAAAUAUCUACAUGGAAACAAAACAGAAACAUUCCGAACAAGUACACGACGAAAAUGUUGCUGGCGGUCCUGGACCGACGGUUCUUACGCUUCGGAAAAUUUCUCAUGCUGCUGUCGCGUGACAGUUUGUCUUCUUCCACUUUCGGUGUAUUUUCAAUUUCGGUUCUUUUAGCUGCUCUGAUGUGAGUACGUAGAAAUGCUCUGCAUAGCGAAUACAAGAAAAGGACUUGUCACGCAAUCUCAGCAUGAGAAAUUCUUGCUUUCAAUACGCUGCAAAGCAGUACGACUACGUCUACUUGCCCGUGGACUUCGUUAACCACUGCAACGUCGGGUACUAAGGCUGGAGUUCGUGUUGUUUGCCGUGCAUUUUUUGCAUAAGACCCGAGAAUGAUCGGACAGAGUAGUCCGAAGGUUAUGCAUAACACAUGCCAGGACGUUGAGAUGAGAAUGAGAUGUAGUGAUGAAAUGAAAAGGUAUGCCUUCAUCAACCUGCGCUCCGCGGACAUCCGCGCACGGUUUUACCGUCACUUUCACAACCAGAAGGUAAAGGAGGUCCUCCCCGGGUUCAACAGCAAGAAGGUAUAAGAAAUUUUUGAUGCAUAGACACGAACAAGAGGCUGGUCUGUUUUGGUUCAUUUAUCUUUGUGGUGAAAAGAUUUUAAAGCAGUUUUCGUUCGUCAUGCAUGAGCAUGCUAUAAUAAUCGUCCUACCUUAACCUUGUCAGGUGCUGAAACAAGUCUGCGAGGUGAACAAGGCGAAAGUGCAGGGAGCUGUAUGGACGUGAAAUGAAGAUGUACUUCGUACGAAAGCCUAUGCCAGCGUGGCAAAAAGUACCAGCUGCCUUCAGAGCAAGCGCAUGGAGCACGGCAGAAAUGCCAUUAACGCUGUUUCUUGUUGCAUCUUGUCAGUCUCAAUGGGCCAUGCAUGGCAUCGAAUCUUUCGUGGUACGAGGGAAGAAUUUCUAUUGCAUAUCGGAAAGAGAACAUCCGUCGCAUCCGUCAGAUGAGCAUGCUGAUGCAGCGCCUGAAGGACCACCCGGACUGGGUAUUUUUUGCGAAAGAAGAUACAAAUCGAUGUUGCGGGGGACACCAAUACCAAAAGACUAGAGUUCUUUUGCAGUAUUCGCACACGCACAGCACGCACAACUUCUGAAUGUGAUACCAGAUAGACUUUGACAGGCUUUCACUAUCGGAUAACACAAGCAAUUUGUGAUGUUGCAUGAUCUGCAUUUCGAAAUAAAGGUCCCGCUGCUCUUCGACCACAACGGAACCGCGAUUCCGCUGGAUUUGGAUGCUCCGGUUGAGAAGCGGGAACCCAUGCGCCCCAAACGGAGUUUCACCCACAAUAACUGGGACCCGUCGCAAAUGUACCCAGGUAAGUACCAAGCAAAAUCGAAAAUAGGUUGUCCUGCUGAGUUUCGUACAGCAUAGAAGUCCUUUGUCAUGCAAAGGAAUCGAAUCAAUCAAAUGUGAUAACGACUUGAAACAACCGCAAAGGUGCCUACGCGUCUCCGAUGGGAAUGGCUGCUUCUCCGUUGUUCGGCUCCCCGAUGGACGGUCUUUUUGGCGAUUAUGGGAUAGGAACAUCGAUUUUCGGCCCAUGCUGAAAGAAGCUCGACCGAGAACUUGUGAUGCCGAUGAACUAUUUCCACUGAGAAAUAUUUGAUUUGAGUUGAACUGUGCAUUAUGGUCUGAAAACUUUUCCUGCUCCAUCCUAUUUUCGGUUACAAGAAUUACCUGAUCCAGCAGCAAGCGCAGGCGGCCUACAAUGUCGCUGUCGCCUCAGCCACCGCAGCUGCGGUGUCCGCUGCAUCGUCGCCCAGUGACGCCUACCACCCCGGAGGAUCACCAGCGGACUGGUACGAUUGAAUACUGCUUUGUAAUGCAGUAUACAGCACGAAGGAAAGCAGACCGGACCGGCGCCGUUGAUUCGCUAUACUGCUUUGAUCUGAGGAAGGAGAAAGAAUCCCCUUCCUGAUGGCCUGGCAUAGCGAUUCCGAUUGAUAUAUAAGUGGUCUCGAAGUAGUACUUGUUGAUAUGCCACCUAUUUCUAUCCCAGGUAUGGCAACAAGGAAAACGUUACCGGCUCGGGCUCCACAGCGGCCAGCUGGGCGGGACAAACGCAGCAGAACAUGAUGCAGCCCUUGCAGGUAGUACUUUAAGUUUUAAAGACGAAUUAUUGUUCCAAAUGGAAAUUCACUUUUUCAACGAUUUCUGUGUUGCACCAAAAUUAAGAAAUUAAGAUUAAAGAAUCAAAAACACCAAUAUCACCUUCUCAGAACUCCACCAACAUGAACCGCAUUUCGUGGGGAUCCGCGCCGCAGAAGAUGCUUGGGUAUGACCAGACGGACGAAUCGCAGGCCUACCAGAUGGGCUACAAUCAGCAGUACCAGUGA